GAGAGAGAGAGAGAGGAAGAAAUAAUGGCACAAGUGAUGAGGCCAGAGAGAGAGGAAGAAAUAAUGGCACAAGUGGGGGAAGAGAUCAAGGCGGCGGAUGGUAGUGGUGGGAGCGGAUCUUCGGACGCUGCGGGGAUAGGACAUAUAACCAUUGACUUAAUAAAAAAAACUGACGGAGAUACAGAUUUCAAACUUGGGAGGUUCUUGGAGGAGCCGGAUUCACAUAAGUUCCGCUGUCCUAAUUGCAAUGCUUGCAUCGAAAAUAUUAAUGUCGUUCAUGGGGGAGAAAAUCCUGUUGGUCCUCAGGGGCCAAUAACAACAAGUCCUGUUGAUCCUCCAACAACAAAUCCUGUUGAUCCUCCGGGGCCAAUAACAACAAAUCCUGAUCCUCGGUGGCCAAUAAUAUGCGCAUCCUGCAGCAGCUUUCUGGUUUUCAUAGGGGAUAAACUCACCGCUAUGUGUAACCCGCAGCGGCAGCCGCAGCCUGAGCCUGAGCCUGGCGUACCCGCAAAGAAGUGGGACAUUCUAAAAAGCAUUGUGUAUGGUGGUUUACUAGAAUCAAUUGCAAGCCUCACCAUUGUAACAUCUGCAGCCGGUGCUGAUGCUACCGCAUUGAAAAUUUUAGCUUUGGGAUUGGCGAAUGUGAUUGGUGGACUCUUUGUGAUUGGACAUAAUCUUAUGGAACUUAGAAAUGAAUCAAAUGAUCAAUCUGGAGGGUCUAGAACUGCUAAUGAAGAAACGGGUCGUUAUCACCGAGAACUGGGUCUAAAAGAGAAUUUCAUACGUCAUGCAACAGUGGCCGUUUUGUCAUUUCUCCUUUUCGGCUUAGUGGCUCCUGUGACUUACAGCUUCUCAUUUCUUAAGAGCGGCAACAAGGAUCUCAAGCUCGUAGCAGUUGCAGCAGCUUCUCUGGUGUGCAUCUCUGUGCUUGCUAUUGGAAAAGCUUACACCCAAAAGGCAUCCGGUUUUUUUGGGUACAUGAAAACCGUGUCGUCUUUUGUUAUUCCCGGGUUUAUGGCAUCAGGAGUGUCUUACGUAGUUGGUGAUCUAAUCAAGAAGCUCUUGGAGAAGCUGGGUUUGUUUGAGUCAAGUUCAGCUUUCGCCCUGUCCCUUCCUGGGACUGCAACACCAGAGUCCGGAUGGGGAUUCUAUUGAGGAGUGCUGCAAGUUGACUGUUAAAUCUAGAGGAUCCAACCAAUAAAUUAAUGAUUGGGACUGAUGGUAAGACAUAUUUGCCUUGCGAUAGUAGUAUCGGUAGUAUUGCUUUAGCUUUUUUACGUCUAGAUUUUAUUAGCUUGUGAUUUAUUUGUUUAGAUGGACGAGAAACAUGAGCAACCCUGGAUGCUAGUGAUUUAAUUUUUUUGCUGAAAAUUUGCUAUUUUUCUUUUAAUUCUUCAACUCCAUGUGCUAC